AUGACCGCCGGAAGCGUACCCAGCAAAUUGAACUCCUGCAAGUUCAAAAGCGACACAAAGGAUGUAUUAUUCCAUGAAUCGACCGUCUUCUGUUGUCCUUACUAUGAGGAGGAACCGGAAGAGCGCCUCGAGUCGUCACAGAAUCGACGACUGAUUAUGACGCGCGUCCGCACGCAGUGGCAUUUCUCUCGUCUCCUCCUGUUGUUCUCUUCCUCCGGAGCCCUUCAGGCACAUCACUGCCUGACCCUUCUCCUUCUAGGCCUUACCUCACUCCGCACAGCCUUAACGUGUGACGAGAAGACGAGGCCCCAGAGCCGUGACCUGAGCGCGAUUCCCCGUUACCUCGAAAUACGGAGACACUCGGAGUGGAGAGACCUUGGCGCUACCGGAGUGAUCCCGGAAUGGAUGCAACGCGAAAACGAAGCCUCAAGCAUGGCUGGUCAAAGUGCUAGCGACGCGGCCAGUGACGAUCAUCCCAGUAAUUCGCUAAAAACUCAGUGGAACCACGAUGGACUCGAUCCGUCGAUGACAAAACGAGCUUAUUUCGACGAUGAUAUCUUCGCAAGCCGUGUUAACGAUCGAGUGUAUUCUAAACACGCAAGUAAUUAUUCAAAACGGAAAUCUGACGAUCGAUUAAGUAAUCCUGCGAAAACUCGGCAAGUUCGUAACGGAAGCAAUUUUCAAAGUAUGAAGCAGCGUGAAAAAAGUGCGAAGAAAUGGUUGAGUAAUUUGAUUAAAAAACGACAUGACGUGCCAAAGCUUCAAGUUACUCCUUAUUACUUGAUGAAUCAGGCUGUGAACAAAGUUCAUUUUCGCGAUAGUGGUAAUGAAGCAAGCGUAACAAUUUUAGAUGGACCUCGCCGAAGUGCCAGCAAUCUACCCGAGAGUUCCGUUCACGAUCGCGAUGCCGAGGAGGCAUUAAUCGACGUUCCGAUCGAUCAGUUGGAUUCGCGCGAGGCUCCAAGUGUCAGUUAUCCGACGAGGGGUCGACGAGAUCGUAAUGAAGUCAGUUUCAAGGCGGAACGAGCGAAUCUAAACGGCGAUAAUUUAUUCGAAACUCCCGUUAAUCAUGCGAAUAAACGCACGAGCAAUUAUUCGGUCCAUCGAAGUUUACGAAGGAGUGAGAUCUCAAGCCGAUUGAGCAAGAGCGAUAUUGACGAGCACCGCGAUAAUCUCGCGAGUGAUCGAAGCGGGAUUGUCGGUUUCUGGACCGCGAGGCAAACUCAUUUAAACCGUCGCAAUAUACAUGCACUUGAUAAUCGAAGCGACGGCGCACGCAAAUUUGGAAGCCAGGCCGACCGGCUUCACAAAAGCGACGAUAUCGUAAUAAAUGACGUUCGUAAUGAGUUCACGAACGCGAACACGAACGGUUCAGUCAAUGCAAUCGCGAUUGACGCGGUUGCCGAUGACUUCGACAUUGGCACCAUUUCAAUCGAGAAUCAAAACCCAAUCGAACUCAAUAGAAUUUCGGAAAUCGAGAAUCGGACUGAUGUCGACUCGGAGUACGUCGAUAGUUUCUUGGAUCUCAGUAGUGCGGAAAUUUCCCCCGCGAAUUGCCGUAACGUCGCGUGCUCCAAGUCGAGUGGUGACGACGUAUCGGUGAUUAGAAUAAAGAAGUUUGGCGAAACGACGGAAUCCCACGAAGAGUACGAGGACGAAGAUCAUUUUCAGCGAGUAGGCGAAAUAACGACGACGCCUGAUAACGACAGUGAUACCGAUAUCGACAGCGAAGCGCCUUUCACUAGCUUCAAGGGCUCUCAGAAAUUUCCCGUAAAAAUCAAUCACAAGUCGCCGCCGGUGCCGCCGCAAGUUGAAAAGUUUGACAGGCGACACUUCGGCCCGCACAAGGAAGACGUAGUACUUGAAGAAACAUCUACAUGGUACCCGAGUACCCUGCUUCCCGAUCUACCAAAGAGUCCCAGCAGAGACGUGCUUCAUCGCAAGACGAACGAUCACGUUUCCAACGACGACGUAAACGAGAUGGACAAAACGGACAAUAGAAGUGAGGAGACGACGGAGAUGGACGAGAAGCGGAAUAAUACUUACGACGAAUCAUGGCUACCCGGCACCGAAAUAUCGGGAGGACGUUUGUCGGGUUUCUCAGAAGUCGGGAACUCCGACGAAAAAUUCGUAGUGACUUCGAACAUCGCAGACAGUGAAUUUGAGAACGCGACGUGCGACAGGAACGAUUCCGACAGCAGGACGAAGAUCGACGUAACGAUACCGAGUGCGAGACCGACGGAGAAAAUAAAUAUAACUAUCCUGGGUCUCUUUGAGAUGACACACAGGGCAGUACCGAGACCGGAAGGUUCCAGUGAGCUUCAAGCGGCCAAAUUGGCGGUCGAGCGUGUCAACGCUUUGGAUAUCUUAAAGCGCUUUCGUCUGCGGCUUAUUUACAAUGAUACUAAGUGCGAUUCUGGAGUGGCUGUGGACAGAUUCUUUCACGCCUUGUAUUCAACGAGGAAGAAACACUUGAUGCCGUUCCUGCUCGGCACAGCUUGUUCCGAAGUCACCGAGACUCUGGCCAAAAUUGUUCCUUAUUGGAACGUGAUCCAGGUGUCAUUUGGCUCGACAGCACCAGCACUCUCAGAUUCCAACGAGUUCCCCCUAUUCCUGCGAACCGUUGCGCCGGAUUCGAGUCACAAUCCGGCUAGGAUAGCAUUGAUCAAACACUUCGGAUGGGACACCGUCACCGCGCUUUCGCAAACAGGCGACAUGUACUCCUUGGCAGUGAAUGAUCUGGUCACGGAACUGGAGCAGGCGAAUAUCACGUGCACCGCAACUAUCACAUUCGCCGAGAACGAUUACAAGGAGCAGCUACGGACCUUAAAGGCCUGGAAACUCGGGAUGCACGGCGGCGAUUACGCGUGGAUUUUGCCAGGUGAAACCAUCGACUCCUUAGGGAUAACGGGCAAUUGGUGGAAUGUCGGCGUUGGAGAGUGUUCGCCUUCUCAGCUGUCACAGACUCUGGAUGGUUUAAUCAUCGUCAAGAGCCACGCCACGGUCGUAGGAAAUGAGACCAGCGCCUCGGGACUGACCAGCAAGAAAUUUAUUUCGGAGCUGAAUAAUACAGGCGUCGUACACUCGAAAUUCGCGGGUCAAACCUAUGAUGCCGUAUGGGCCAUGGCAGUCGCCCUCGCCAAAACUGAAGUCCUUCUAAAUCGACGGAACGAGAGUAUGGCGCAGUACGCUCACACGAGGAAGGAUCUCGCCAAGCUUUUAUUGGAGCAGCUUAAGGAUCUGCGCUUUAUCGGAGUUUCGGGCCCGGUUUCCUUCGACGAUGCAGAUCGCGUUGGCAUCACGGCAUUUUAUCAGAUGCAUGCAAGAGCUUACGCCAGGGUACACGAUGAAACGAUACAACUAGCACAGACAAUGGCGUGA